AUGAAUUACCUGGUCAUGGACAGAUGUACUGAAACAGCAGCCCACGAUUUGGCAGAAGAUCAAGAACAACAAGAUCCCGGAUUCUCUUCCCUUUCACUCGAUACAAAUCCUAUAACAAAUGACUUGAUGUCAGCCUCUCCUGCUCUCGAUGCAUUAUACAAUAUACCCACGAUGGCUAUUCCCACGGCAGGCAUUAUUGUGGAAGUCAACCAUUUGCUGUUCAAUCGCACGUCUUAUUUUCAGCUAGCACCCGAUGCCACGAUUGAACCUCUGAUCGCCUGGUUGCGUCUCUCGUUCACCGAUCACUCUAUAUCCGGAAUGGUCUUACAAUACAAAGGUUUCGAUGGACUAUGGAAAUGCCUUUUGAACCGUGAUGACUCGUUGAAACGUAUUUUGAAGCAAAGCCUAAAGGCGAACAGCAUGCUUCAGAUGAGAGUCCCUCGUGAACAAGACCUCUUGAGCUCGGGCUAUACCGAUAGACGCCUCUUGGCCCUUACAAAACCUAGCGUCUAA